ACUCAUAUUUCUCUCUUUUUACAAUCUUCAUCAACACCAUUUUCAACAUUCAAUACAACCAAGAUCUAUCUGAAAGUUCAAAUAUAUUCAUCAAUCAUUAUCUUAUACAAUAUACAUUCCUCCAAGUUAAUUUUAUAAUAUGACUACGUUACAAUCUUCAUCUAUAAGAUCAUUAACAAUAAGAUCAAACGAUGUUACACAAUCUCUUAUUCGUUCUAUGACUUCUAGCCUCAGUAUAAAAUCAGCCAUUUCGAUCCCAAAGUUACCAAAUAAUGGUAAGUUUUUGAAAAACCUAAACAUCUCAAAUGUUACCCUCUUUAAGAAAAACACAAAAACAGUCCUACCAUCAGAAAACAUUUCUACACCACAAGAAGUCAGUCAUGAUGAGGAUGACAUUAUCACAUCAUUAGCUACCAUUAAACUACAUGUAAUUCUAGAGGCUGUUUUAGAUAGGAUUGAGAUGCACCAAAACAUUGGUAAACAACGUGAAAAUUGGAACUCCUUAUUGUUAAAUUCCCUCAACAUGGUAACCCUAACUGCGACCACCAUGGUUGGUAUGGCUGUAGGAUUAUCCUCUGAUGAGCCUGUCCUAGGUUUGAAGGUAGCUUCAACCCUACUAUUUGUUGCAGGAACAGGGAUCCUUUCAAUAAUGAACAAGAUCCAACCUUCUCAGCUAGUUGAAGAGCAAAGAAAUGCAGUGAGGCUGUUCAAGAAGCUUCGAACCGAGAUAGAAACAUGUCUUUCUCUUGAAUCACCUACAGAAGAAGAUGUAGAGGAGGCAAUGGAAAGAGUUUUAGCCCUAGAUAAAGCAUAUCCUCUUCCUCUUCUAGGGGCCAUGAUUGAUAAAUUCCCUAAUACAUUCAAGCCAGCUAUGUGGUGGCCCUUUAAGAAACCUUUGUCUCCAGAAAAUGGAUAUGGGAGUAAUACUAAAGAAAACUUGCAUGCCAAGAAAGAGGGAGUAGUGAAUGGAUGGAGUAAAGAGUUGGAAGAGGAGAUGAAACAAAUUGUGGGAGUGAUAGAUAGGAGGGAUAUAGAGGAUUUUGUUAAAUUAGGGAACAAGGCAUUAAAGUUGAACAAAACCCUAGCCGUCUCUGGUCCAUUGCUCAUGGGGAUAGCGGCAGUUGGAUCCGCUUUCGGAGGCCAUGGCGGGGCGGUAGGAGGGGUUGUGGCGGCAGUUGCAGGGUCCUUGGCUAGUGUGGUGAACACUAUAGAGCAUGGUGGACAAGUAGGGAUGGUGUUUGAGAUGUAUAGGAAUUGUGCUGGCUUUUUUAACUUGUUAGAAGAGAAAGUUAAGUCCAACUUAGAAGAGAAAGAUUUAGGGAAAAGAGAGAAUGGUGAGUUAUUUGAGAUGAAGAUGGCUUUGCAUUUGGGAAGGAGUUUAUCCGAGCUUAGAGAUUUUGCGGCGGCUAAUAAUUCUAGUUCAUGUGCAAGUGAGGUAGGGAGUCCUAAAGGCGAAUUUGCUAGCAAGCUGUUUUAACCUUUUCCAUAUAACGAAAAUGUAUAUAGAGUUAGCUAGUGGAUUAUGCACGUAUAGCUAGCUAGGAUGAUUAUUUAUUUAUUCUUUCAUUCAUUCAUUUAGUUAUUUUUUUUUUUGUAUAGGCUUAACCUUAACCUAUUUUUUCAUAUUUUACUUGGUAAAGAUCAAGUGAAUUGUUCUCAUAUUCCUUAGCUUCUUGUGAUCCUGAAAGAGUACUUUAAGUUAAUAAUUGAAAUAAUUGUACUAUGUUUGAGAAAAAAUAAGGUUAUAUUAAAAUACAACAUCAUCUUCGUACAUAACUUUUAAAUUAUACAUGAAUUGUACUCGUUUUUCUUUGACUCAAUAAAUUGAGGAUGAAAAAGAUAUAUGUUACUAGUAAAUUAUCGAUUGAGCCAACCACACUCUUGCGGCAAUUGCUUUUUGUAAUAAGAUUUUAAUGUACACAACCAUUAGUAUUUAUAAUACAUACUUACUAAAUAUAAUUUCUAAAACGGUAUUAGUUUUUCG